AUGUCCAGCCACAGCGAAUCUCAAUCUGCUGGCCGUCUCGCUGUCAGUCGCUGUCGUCACACAAUUCGCGAUCAUCACUUCUGUCCCCGCACCACUUCUCCGUUGCGCCCGUCCCUUGCGCCGUCCCUUGCGCCCGUCCCUUGCGCCCGUGCGCGCGUCCCUUGCGCGCACCACCUUGCGCCCGCCACCUUGCGCGCGAUGCCUCCAUCUCGUCGCCGCACGCGCCUCCCGUUCCCCGACCGCCACUCCGCGCUGCGCCGCUGCACUUUCGCCGCGGCCCUCUCCUUCGUAGCGCUCUCGCUCUCCGCGCUCCUGCUGCUCCACUCCCCCACGCCUCUCUUCCCCCCGCGCCUCUCCGCCUCUACUCAUUCCGACAUCCUCCACACAUCCCCACUGGCCGCGGGCAUUGCCGCACGCGGAGCGGUGAGCUGGGCGCGGCGGGCAUGGCGGGGGCAAUCGGAGGGGGAAGGCGAGGUCGCGCAGGCAUCGCAGGGAUGGCAGGCGGGCGCGCGGCGGAGGCAGCUGUGGCCGCGCGGGCGUCCGUUUCAGGGGGAAGGGGGGCGGCUGUGGCCGGGGCGGGUGUGGUUGGAUGAGGAGGGGCGGCGCAUCCAGGCGCACGGCGGGGGCGUGCUGUACGUGGCGAGCGAGCGGCGGUACUACUGGUACGGCGAGAACAAGGAGGGCGACACGUACUCGCUCAAAGGCUCGCUGGAACGGGUGGACGUGGUGGGCAUCAGCUGCUACAGCUCGUCGGACCUGCUGCACUGGCAGGCGCACGGGGUGGUGCUGGCGCCCAACACGCACGACCCCGCCAGCGACCUGCACGUGAGCCGCGUGAUGGAGCGCCCCAAGGUGCUCUUCCACGCGCCCUCGCGCCGCUACGUCUUGUGGCUGCACGUCGACGACGCCGCCUACCACCUCGCCAGCACAGGCGUCGCCGUCAGCUCCCAUCCGCACGGCCCCUUCACGGUACCUCGCUCGCCCUGCUGUUUCCAACCGCACCCCUUCGGCCUUUCUUGCAUUCCUCGCCCGCCCUUCGAAAUCUUUCCCCACUCAGUUUUUUCUUGUCCUUUUGCUGUAGGCCCAUUCACUCCUAUUGUCCAUACGUUCCGGCCGAACGGGCAGGAGAGUCGGGACAUGACGGUGUUUGGGGACGAGGACGGGGUGGCGUACGUGGUGUACGCCAGUGAGAUGAACGCCGUGCUGCACAUUGCACGCCUCACCCCCGACUACCUUGACGUCGACGGUGGCUUUGUGCGGCGCUUUGUGGGGCGCUCCAGGGAGGCGCCCGCCAUCUUCAAGUAUCAACAAGUCAGUGCCCUCUCACUCGCAUGUGCGCUGCUGUCCGGCGCCCCUCAUUACUUCCUGGUGACGUCAGCAUGCACAGGGUGGGACCCCAAUGAGGCUGAGGUGCAUGUGGCGUCGCACAUGAUGGGUGAGUGGCGCCUGCUGGGCGCACCAUGCUCCAACCACCACCACCAGCACCAGCACCAGCAGCAGCAGCAAAGGUGGCCGUGGCAGGGCGAGUCGGCGCCUGGUGCAUGGGCGCCCUCAUGCAGCAGCACGUUCGAGUCGCAGGGCAUGUUUGUGCUGCCGCUGCCCAACGCCCCGCCCGGCGUGUUUGUGUUUUUAGCAGACCGGUGGAACAAGCACGACCUCGCUGACUCACGCUAUGUGUGGCUGCCCCUGCACCUGCUGGGCAAUGGCAGCACACCCACAGUAUGGGGCCGGCUGAAGGAUAAGGGGAUGGCUUCUCAGCAAGUUGCAGUAAGGGGUGGUGCUGUGACCCAUGCAGUCAUUACAUGGCAUGAGAGCUGGGAACUGCCACAGUCAUGGUUGCAUGAAGCAGAGACUACUACAGGCUAA